AUGCUCAACUCUUCCCCUUCAAGCUCCACAUCUGACAGCUCUUUCGACGAUUGGCACAAGGUUGCCGCGGCCACCUCGGACAGCAGCACUCAGCCCAGCAUCAGCGACCCCGUCUCUCCUAUGGACGCUUUCAAGGCCGAGCCCGACAAGCCGUCGGCCGAGACCGCAUCUCCGCUUCCUCCAGCCCACGUUGCAAUCUCUACGUUGGACGGGCAGGAGCAUAGGGUGGAGACGUGGCACCUUCUCAGCCACAGCGGCGUUCUUCGCAACCUUCUCUUUUACAAGCCCAAUGUGCCAACCAUCGUGCUCCCCGACUUUGCGUUCUGUCGCUCCAAAACACUCCUCCUCUUCCUCAAGCUCGUGAAGACUGGUACACUUCCGUGCACCGACCGCACCAGUCUCGUCAACCUGGCCAAGUUCAUCAAGCACUUCGACUGCGCCCCCACCCAGAAGAUGCUCCUCACCCAUCUCCGUGACCGCCUGCACGAAGGCUGGGCGUACCACCUCACGACUUUCGCUUGUGCCGCUGUCCUUAACUGCGUCGACACCUGCGUCGCGGCCCUCCAGGCACCCGUCCGCUGCUGGCAGGAGGUGCCUCACGUCGCGUACUCGACUGCUGGGACGCUCGGCAAGAACAUGCUCCGUCCCGCCCACUGGCCCCUUGAGGCCUUUUACGAGGUGCCCACGCCCUUCUUUGUUGCCCUCAUUCGCGCGUAUAGCGAGUACGACAAGCCGCCGCCCAAGGACCAGAAGGACGCGCCCGAGACCGAGGCACUUCCCCGUCUUUUCCGCCGCAAGAUCGGUAGCGUGAUUAGCACGGAUGCCGAGGAGCACGAUGCCGAGAACCCCCCAGCCCUCCGACCUGUACUCAGCCGGAAAUCCUCGAGAGGCCUCAUUACGGACGACCCCGAGUGGACCGAGGGCGAUGUAGAGCUGAUAAGCUCCGACAAUGUCCGAUUUCGCAUACCGACCUACGUCCUAUCUCAGAGCUGCGCCAUGAGAGACCUCUUUCAACUCGACCCCGAACAAGAUCGUACCAUCGCCUUCCUCGACCCCGAGUUCGAGCUCGCCAUGGUUCUUCGCCUCUUUUUCAAGUUUGUAACCCAGGGCGAUCUACGCGAUGCCGACCUCGACGAGUUUACCAUCUCUCUUACGCACUUCGCCCGGUUUCUCGUCAAGUGGGACUGCGCCGUCGCCCGCAUACACUUUCUCACCUGGCUUCGCGACGAGGUUCGAUCCCCACAUAAAGUAAGACGCGUCGGGCCCCUCACGACCUUCAAAGUCGGCGCUAUUCUCGGCUGUCACAAGACGUGUGCCGCUGCGCUAGACUCUCCAAUUGGAGCUAUCAAGUCGCCUCAUGACCCCUACCCCACCGUCGAGUACAACAUUCUCGACCCGUCGCGCUGGAGCAUCGACAAUCUUGUAGACGUCCCGGUCGAAUACCACUGGGCUCUUCAACGAGCCUUCAACCGGCACCGCUGUCAGUUCAUUAUGGUCGGCAGUACUCGGCGGAUAACUAGCCUCGGCGUCUUGUUCACGACAUACAUGCGCCAGGCUCCAAGGGGUUUCACGACGACGUCGGACAAGCGUAUGUAG